ACGUUUUAUUAAUCGUUCGAGGGAUGACGCGGGGCCCAAUUUAAAAUUAUAAUCGGACACAAUUUAUACUGAAUCCAAUUUGGCCCAGGAAAAAUCACUUUUCUAUCAUCUUUGUUAAACUCGGUUGUGUCGCGCAACGCCGUAAAUCUGGGGUAAAGGAAUUGCUUUUAGACGAGGGCGAUGCGAAAUUGGAAGGUAUACGAAAGAAACUGGAUCGUUUCUCAACUUUGGUCGACACUCAAAAGCGUGCAAUCACGCAAUUUCCGGCGAAAUGGCCGCUACAGAUGUUCUUUAAGGUCGCAGAUGUGGAAUUUGACGAAGGAUGAGAAAAUCGUAACCUGUCCGAAUUGCAUAACCCCGGCGAAGACAAAGGUGACGUUUGUGGCUUACAAAAAGACCUUCUUGGCGUGCCUUUACUUGUUCCCGUUGAUUAUGUGCUUUCUACCGUUCGUAACGAAGAAAUACAGGAGAGCCAAACAUCGGUGCCGAGCUUGCGGGGCACACCUGGGCCAGUUCGAAGAGACCUGAGAUGAGGUGCUUUUUUUUUCUUUGUUGGCGAUUAUUUAUUUAAAAUUAUGACUCG